CGCGUUGUUUAAGUGCUUUCGCGACCCCACGCGUCCACGAUGCACGUCCCUUAAAAAGCCCCAGGCCCGCCCGUCGCCCUGCCAUCUAUUCAGCUUUUCCUCCUCUAGAGAACAAACAACACAUCCCGCAUUCUCCCAAUUCCUCGGCUCAAGCAUCCUUGAGGCCUUCAUAGUGUCCCGAGCGUGUGUUUUAUGCAGCCAUUGCCUGCACCCUCAACAUAACCCCGCUCUCCCUGCCCUCGUGGACAUCUUGAUCUUUCGAGGCCCGCCGCCUCUGCCGCCACUGCUUCACUACCGGAAGCCCGUAUCUCCCCUUGCGGAGACUCUGUACCCUUCACCCCUCCUCUGAGCGGCCCUCGCACACAACAGCCCGCCAUGUUUGUCCGGAAGCGAGACGGACGCGAGGAGCGUGUCCAGUUCGACAAGAUCACGGCCCGCGUCUCGAGGUUGUGUUACGGCCUCGACCUGAACCAUGUCGACCCCGUUAAGAUCACCCAGAAGGUCAUCUCGGGCGUCUACGGCGGUGUCACGACGGUGCAGCUGGACGACCUGGCCGCCGAAACGGCCGCAUACAUGACCGUGACACAUCCCGACUACGCCAUCCUUGCUGCGCGCAUCGCCGUGUCCAACCUGCACAAGCAGACCAAGAAGCAGUUCUCGUCGGUCAUCAGCGACCUGUUCCACUACGUCAACCCCAAGAACGGCAGGCUGUCGCCCAUGAUCGCUCAAGAAACCUACGACUGCGUCAUGCGCCACAAGGCUGAGUUCGACUCGGCCAUUGUCUACGACCGGGACUUCAACUACCAGUACUUUGGCUUCAAGACCCUGGAGCGCUCAUACCUGCUCAAGCUCGACGGCAAGAUUGUCGAGCGCCCGCAGCACAUGAUCAUGCGCGUCGCUGUCGGCAUCUGGGGCGACAACCUCGAGCGCGUGUUUGAGACAUACAACUUGAUGUCGAGCAAGUACUUCACUCACGCCUCUCCCACUCUGUUCAACGCCGGCACGCCCCAGGCCCAGCUGUCGUCGUGCUUCCUGGUCGACAUGAAGGACGACAGCAUCGAUGGCAUCUACGACACCCUCAAAACCUGUGCUAUGAUCUCCAAGAUGGCUGGCGGUAUCGGCCUCAACAUCCACCGCAUCCGCGCCACGGGCUCCUACAUUGCCGGCACCAACGGCACAUCCAACGGUAUCGUGCCUAUGCUGCGUGUUUUCAACAACACAGCCCGCUACGUCGACCAGGGUGGCAACAAGCGCCCCGGCGCCUUCGCCAUCUACCUGGAGCCGUGGCACGCCGACGUGUUCGAGUUCCUCGACCUGCGCAAGAACCACGGCAAGGAGGAGAUUCGCGCCCGCGAUCUUUUCCUGGCCCUUUGGAUCCCGGAUCUGUUCAUGAAGCGAGUCGAGAAGAACGGCGACUGGACGCUCAUGUGCCCCAACGAGUGCCCUGGCCUGGCGGACUGCUACGGCGAUGAGUUCGAGGCUCUGUACGAAAAGUACGAGCGUGCUGGUAAGGGCCGCAAGACCCUCAAGGCGCAAAAGCUGUGGUAUGCCAUCCUCGAGGCCCAAACCGAGACUGGCAACCCUUUUAUGCUGUACAAGGACCACUGCAACCGCAAGAGCAACCAGAAGAACCUGGGCACCAUCCGUAGCUCCAACCUAUGCACCGAGAUCAUUGAGUACUCGGCUCCCGACGAGGUGGCUGUGUGCAACCUGGCGUCGCUGGCGCUGCCGCAGUUUAUCGACUACAACGAGGGCGUCUAUGACUUCCAGAAGCUGCACAAGGUCACCCAGGUCGUCGUCCGUAACCUGAACAAGAUCAUCGACGUGAACUACUACCCGGUCCAGGAGGCUCGCAACAGCAACAUGCGCCACCGCCCCAUCGGCCUGGGUGUGCAGGGCCUGGCAGAUGCCUUCCUGGCGCUGCGCCUGCCCUUCGAGUCGCCCGAGGCUCGUGAGCUCAACAAGCAGAUCUUCGAGACCAUCUACCACGCCGGCCUCACCGCCUCGUGCGAGCUGGCACGCGAGCAGGGCACCUACUCGACUUACGAGGGCUCGCCCGUGUCGCAGGGCAUCCUGCAGUACGACAUGUGGAACGUCAAGCCGUCGGAGCUCUGGGACUGGGAGGGGCUCAAGGCGGACAUCAAGCAGCAUGGUGUGCGCAACUCGCUGCUUGUGGCGCCCAUGCCCACGGCCAGCACGUCGCAGAUCCUAGGCAACAACGAGUGCUUCGAGCCCUACACGUCCAACAUCUACCAGCGCCGUGUGCUCGCUGGCGAGUUCCAGGUCGUCAACCCUUGGCUGCUUAAGGACCUCGUCGAGCUCGGCCUGUGGUCUGACGACAUGAAGAACCGCAUCAUCGCCGAGGGCGGCUCCAUUCAGAACAUCGCCAGCAUCCCCGAGGACACCAAACGCCUGUACAAGACAGUCUGGGAGAUCUCGCAGCGCACCGUCGUCCAGAUGGCUGCCGACCGCGGCGCCUUCAUCGACCAGUCGCAGUCCCUCAACAUCCACAUGCGCGAGCCCACCAUGGGCAAGAUCACGUCCAUGCACUUUGCUGGCUGGAAGCUCGGCCUCAAGACGGGCAUGUACUACCUCCGCACCCAGGCUGCCGCCCAGCCUAUCCAGUUCACCGUCGACCAGGAGGCCCUGCGCCUGCAGGAUACCGCCAUCGCCAAGCACGGCGGCGUCCUGGGCAAGCGCGCUCCUCCCAACGGCCAGUUCGUGUCCUCGGCUGCCACGGCCGCCGCCGCGUCGUCACCUAGGCCCAUGUACGCCACCAAGCGCGAGGGCACGUCGGAUCGCCUGACCACCUCCGGUGACCCGACCCCAAGCACCACACCCCCGCCUCCUGCGACUGCGACUGCUGCCGCGGCUGCCAAGAUUGCUCCCUCGCCCGUCAAGACGGUCCCGUUCAAGGCCGACGUCGCCGAGGGCGAGAGUCCCAAGGCCCUGCCCACGGAGCCGGCCGGCGAGAUCAAGGCCGAGGAGCUCCGUGACCCGACCAAGGAUGAUUCUAAGAAGGACCAGUCCGAGGACAAGGAGAACGAGAGCAAGGAGCGCGAGGGUGACAUCUACUCCGAAGCCGUGCUUGCCUGCAGCAUCGAGAACCCCGAGUCCUGCAUCAUGUGCAGCGGCUAGGCACCCAAGUCGCGGAGAGUAGAGGGUAGCGCACCAUCACCCUUCGACUUGCCUGGCUGGCCUUGAUUUGUUUUGUUUUGGAUUGUUGUUUACCUUACCCGCUCAACAUGAGGGACGAAAGAUGGAUAUGUUAUCUUGUAACGAUGGGAGCGGAUUCUAAUGUUUAGCAUGACGGGUUGGCAUCAAGAGGGGAGGGUGGGUAUAAAUUUGCGUUCGUUUCUCGUCAUGUAUUCUUGCCUGCCUACCUACUGUGGCAGUUCGCCUCAACUAUACCAUGUGUUCUUGUUUUAGCCCGCUAUCUAACAAAUACGUUGUCUUUGGCUUGA